UGACCGGCGUCGUAACGCAGCUAGCCAUGGCUGCCAAAGAUGAACAGCACCAGCAGUCACCGCUGCACAUCCUCUUCUUCCCGUUCCUAGCCCCCGGCCACCUCAUUCCGAUGGCCGACAUGGCCGCGCUCUUCGCCUCCCGCGGCGUCAGGUGCACCAUACUCACCACGCCCGUCAACGCUGCCAUCAUCCGCUCGGCCGUCGAUCGUGCCAACGAAGCUCUCCGCGGCACCGGCUGUCCGGCCAUCGACAUCUCCGUCGUGCCUUUCCCUGACGUCGGGUUGCCGCCAGGUGCCGAGAACGCCAUGGCCGUUACAUCGCAGAGCGAGCGCGGCAAGUUCUAUCAAGCGGUGAAACAGCUCCGAGAGCCCUUCGAUCGGUUCUUGGCCGACUUUGGCCGCCAAGACGCCGUCGUGUCGGACAGUUUCUUCGAUUGGUCCACGGACGCCGCAGCGGAGCACGGUGUCCCGCGCCUGGCGUUCCUCGGCAGCAGCAUCUUCGCGCGGUCCUGCAGCGACAGCAUGCUGCGCAACAACCCGGCGGAGAGUGCCCCCGACGACCCCGACGCCCUCGUUUCCCUGCCAGGGCUGCCGCACCAUGUCGAGCUGAGGCGGUGCCAAAUGAUGGACCCGGCCAAGAGGCCGGAGCACUGGGCAAUGUUCCAGAGCUUGGACGCGGCGGACCAGAAGUGCUUCGGCGAGGUGAUUAAUAGCUUCCGCGAUCUGGAGCCAGACUACGUCGAGCACUACCAGAGGACGCUCGGUCGCCGCGCGUGGCUCGUCGGGCCGGUCGCACUCGCCGGCAAGGACAUGGCUGUAAGAGGCACCAGCGCGCCCUCGCCAGACGCAGACAGCUGCCUCCGGUGGCUAGACACCAAGCAGCCUGGCUCGGUAGUGUACGUCUCCUUCGGCACAAUGACCAGUUUCGCACCAUCCGAGCUACACCAGCUUGCUCGCGGCCUCGGCCUCUCAGGCAAGAAUUUCGUGUGGGUGAUUGCCCGCUCAGGCCCAGACUCUUCAGAGUGGAUGCCUGAAGGCUUCGCCGAGCUGAUGGCGCGUGGCGACCGCGGCUUCAUCAUCCGAGGCUGGGCACCGCAGAUGCUCAUCCUCAACCACCCGGCCCUCGGCGGGUUUGUCACGCAUUGUGGUUGGAACUCGACUCUGGAGGCCGUGAGCGCCGGUGUUCCGAUGGUCACGUGGCCACGCUACGCGGAUCAGUUCUACAACGAGAAGCUCGUCGUGGAGGUGCUCAAUGUGGGAGUCAGCGUCGGCGCCAAGAACUACGCAUCGGCUAUGGAGGCCCACGAGGUGAUUGCCGGUGAGGUAAUUGCUGAAUCCAUCGGGAGACUGAUGGGCGGCACUGAGGAAGGCGACACGAUACAAAAGAGGGCUAAAGGUCUCUGUGUGGAGGCGCGGAGAGCGGUGGAGAACGGCGGAUCUUCCCACAGUGAUGUUGGAAGGCUCGUGGAUGAGUUGAUGGCUAGGCGAAGCCGUGUGAAGGUUGGAGAAGACAUCUCCACAAACUGA